AUGGGCUCGGAGGCGUGGGAGCUGGAGAGACGGUACUCGGUGCCCGGAGCGUUGGACACCAGAGGACUGGACCAACCGGCCAGCGAAGACCUGCACGCCUGGUCCAUUUACAGGCAAAACUUGAAUUCCGAUUUCACCGAUUCAGCGCUGGGCUCCGCGGAGAAGUCGCCCCUGCCGUACGGCAACUUUCAGCUAAGGGACUCGACGGUGCAGAGUAUACUCAGGCAUCCGAGGUACGGGCCGAAGAGCCCGUUGGCGAGCAAUUCCUACACGUAUCUGAAGUUCGGUCUGCCCCGUGUUCUGCCGCCCAGCGCGCGGAAUCGCGAUGGUUCGAGCGGUUAUGACUCCAGCGAGGAGGGCCGUCGUGUGUCCCACGCUGGGACCUCAGCUCACGGCACGUCCGCGAUGCGAUCCGCCCGUAGCGAUCCCGACUUCAGGCACGUCCACGCGGUACCCAGGGAACACGCGCACUCCCAGUUAACGGUCACCAGAGAGAACCCACGGCUGAGAAGCGCCAGCGAGGCGAACCUCCUUCAGGGCGGGGUCAGGGGCAACCGGAGGCACAGCAUAGCGCCCAUGGAUCCUGGAUACGGGAUUCACGAGCCCAGAGGUCAUGGUAUGCUGGGACCAGAGGGCUACACGCUGCCCCUGAGACCUGUACCCUGCCUCCAACAUCCGCAUCUUCAACUGCGCGGCGUCGAAGCGUCUGGAUCCGAUGGAUUACCUCUUCUACGAGGGAUCACCCUUGAAGCUGGAGCCACGGAGGUCCUGGCCAUCAUGGCGACCACGGAGAAGGAGGGGAAGCAAAUCGUUGAGACCAUCGCUGGCCGGAAACGGAUCAAACGGGGGGACAUCUUGCUGAACGGGAGAUCCGUGUCCUCGCGUUCCUUGAGGUCCAGGGUUGCCUAUCUGUCAACGGAGAGCGGACUGAGUCCUGGCCUGACUGCCCAGCAGACACUUAGCUUCUACAUGCUCCUAAAAGGCGGUCCGAAUACGUCCAAGUUGGAAGCUGACGCGAUUCUUCAGGAACUUGGCCUGGAAGCGACCAAGCAUUGCUUGGUGAACUCGUUGACCACCUCCGAGGCUAGAAGACUGGCUCUGGCGUGUCGUCUUCUGCAAGACUCCCAUAUUUUAGCGUUAGACAGACCCACCCACGGCCUGGACAUCUUCGAUGCGUUCUUCCUGGUGGAAUACCUGAGACAGUGGGCGAACAGAGGCCAGAGAUUGGUGGUGCUGACGCUACACCCGCCUACCUACGAGAUACUGACGAUGGUGUCGAGGGUUGCGCUCACUUCCGGCGGCCGAAUCAUGUACUCCGGUCCCAGAAGGGAUAUGUUGCCAUAUUUCGCGCUCGCUGAAUUCCCCUGUCCCCCGUUUAAGAAUCCCUCCGACUAUUAUCUUGACCUCGUAACCUUGGACGAUUUAUCGGCCGAGGCGAUGCUAGAGUCCUCGCAGAGAAUAGAUCAUCUGGCCGAGUUAGCCAGGACAAGGUUACCCCCGCUCAGCGAUCCUGGACCACCCGGUGCACUUCCGCCCUCUAUCUGCAGCCCUAAUAUAUUCGUGCAGAUUUACGCGUUGCUGUUGAGGACGCUGAUUUACAGCCAGCCCUGGACGCUGACCAGACUACUACGGAAGAUCGUUAUUUCCGCUUCGUUAAGUAUUCUACUCGGUGCAAUAUUCUGGGACGUCGCUGGGGACUCGAAUCUAUACCUGCGCGACAGAGUUGGCUUCCAUUACGCCAGCCUGGGUGUCCUCUUCUGGCCCCUAUGCACGAUAGCCAUCUGCGAGGUGGCUGACUGCCGGCCAAACGUCGAGAGGGACAUCAAAGACGGUCUCUAUGGAAGAUUUAUUUACAUUUUUAUAGAGCUCCUCUGCGGAGUGGUGUCCUGGUGCAUAGUCUACCUGAUCUAUCUGGCACCUGGUUAUGCAAUGUCUGGUCUCCAUCUGGUGCCCGAUGAUACUCUAACGUCCUUCUGGAACUAUCUCGGCGUUGGCUUGUUAUACCUUAUCCUGCAGCAUCUGAUCUGCACACUGUUCGCUCAUACAUGCAAAUGGACGUACUUAGCCUCCCUCUUCUCAGGGAUUGUGAUAGGGGAAAUGACAUUGGCUGGAGGUGUGUCUCUGCAUUUGGAGAAUCUACCAGGCUGGUAUCAGAAGAUCAGUCCGAUGCAGUGGUCCCUGUCCUUCUUGCUGCCUCCUCUUCACCAGCCUGACGCGAUGAGCAAACUAACAAAUUGCAAGCCAAAACAGAUCCAGAGGCAGGAUAUUAUUGUUCAAGCUGCCUGUGAACCACCGGAUGGUGCUUUAGCAUUGUACGAAAUUGCUCUGGAUAAAUUCAAUGUACGUGGAGAACUGUGGUUGGGAAUAGGAAUAGCCGUUGUUAGUGUACUGAUAAUACUGGUGUUCUUGUGUAUCAGAUAUACUACACCGAAAAGACUUAGAAGUGCGCCAAACAAGCCAUAA